AUGCUAAGAUUGGUCAGAAACGUGAAAUUGAAGCGAUAUGUCAAUUUGAUGUCCUUAAGGAAUAUAACGAGUCAAGCGACUGACGAAUGGAAUAGUUUGAUAUCAUCUAGAGAUUUAAAUAUCAGAGAUGCUGAAAUCAAGGUAGAUUCGGACAAGACUUUGGUGGGAACAACAUUUAUAGCUAAGGAUAACAUAGCUACUACAAAGGAGCCUACUACAUGUGCAUCAAAUAUGCUUGAUAAUUAUUGUAGUCCAUUUGAUGCCACAGUGAUCACCUUAUUGGAAGAACAAGGUCUGACGAUGAUAGGAAAAGCCAACUUGGAUGAAUUCGGUAUGGGAUCAGCUAAUGUUAAUUCAUACUAUGGACAUUCUGUAAACCCAUUGUUUAAAGAAAAAGAGCAUAUUACUGGUGGUUCGUCAGGAGGAUCGGCAGCCAGUAUUCAAGGAGAUCUAGCAACUUUCAGUCUAGGUACAGACACAGGAGGUUCGGUGAGAUUGCCUGCUAGCUAUUGCGGUGUUGUAGGCUUCAAACCUACAUAUGGAAGAAUAUCAAGAUGGGGUGUAAUCCCUUAUGCUCAAAGUCUAGAUACUGUUGGGAUUUUUGCAAAGGAUGUUGAUACUGUGCAGAAUGUUUUCAAGGUUUUAGAUAAACAUGAUCCGAAAGAUCCUACGUCAUUGCCAGCUGACUUUAGAAAACAAAUAAGUAAGGAGAGAGAAAUAUACAAGAAAAGUAGGUCACAAUUGGUCUUUGGUGUCCCUGAUGAAUUUCUAGUUAAGGAAUUAUCACAAGAGACAAGAGAGCAUUGGCUGCAUUUGCUCUGUACGUUACAGGAUAUGGGACACAUUGUAAGAAGGGUAUCUAUGCCUUCUUUAAAGAAGCUGAUCCUGGCCUAUUUUGCAUUAGCUACGGCGGAAGCAUCCUCAAACCUCUCUCGUUACGAUGGAAUACGAUAUGGGUUUAAUACCAAUAAUUUGAAAGACUCGCCAUUAGAACUUAUAGCAGAAAACAGGAGUAAAUCUUUAGGCCUUGAGGUUCAAAGAAGAAUAAUUCUUGGGAAUUAUACUAUGUCGGCAGAUUCGGGUAAUCAUUACUUCAAAGCUACAGAUGAACGCCGGGAUAUCGUUGAAGAAUUUAACGAAAUAUUGAACUUCCCAAAUUUAUUGAUGAAUGAUCCUGCUGAGUUCCUGUCUGAAAAAUGUGAUAUUAUUGUUACUCCAACGGCCAUGAGUGGACCAUUGAGCGUGGAAGAAUAUUUGCGUCAUGAUAAGGAAAACUUUUUAAAUAGUUAUGUAAAUGAUAUAUUGACAGUACCUGCCUCGUUAGCAGGAAUGCCAGCUAUAUCAAUACCAUGGGAGACCCCAGGAACGGACCCAACCAUCCCACAGGGAAUGCAAUUGAUGGCUCAGUUUGGUGAUGACUACUUUCUUCUUAAUUUUACCGCCGAGUUGAUGAAACUUAACAGCACUACAUAG